CCUUAAACUCUUAAGCAGAAAAGUAUGUCGUGACCUCGAACUCUAGGUCCCGUUAUCCUUCCAUUGCCAUGGACUCUCUACGCUUAGUCUUAACCGGCAAGUCGAGUGAAGAUGAUACCUCUUCUCGGGUUCUUAUCAUUACCAUUUAUCUUUGGUGUUUCUCCAGUAGUUGUUGCACCAGUUGACAACACAGGUCUAGUUACAUUUGGUUUUGCUACUGCUUUAAUAUUUUCCAGUCUUCCAAGUGGAUUUUCUGUAGGACCGAGAUAUGUUCCGAAAUGGAAAAAACAAGCGUGCGAAAUUCCAGCUGCGCAACAUCCAGGAUCCCAUUAUGUUUGUGAUGAAGCUGGUGAGGUAAAAUGCCUUCCAGGUUGGAUUGGAGAUCUUUGUGACGUACCUUUGUGUCGAAAAGGUUGUGAUCCCCUUCAGGGAUAUUGUCGAAGACCAGGCGAAUGUCGAUGCAAACUAGGCUUUUACGGCGAACUGUGUGAUAAGUGUGUUGCUCUUCCAGGAUGUCAACAUGGCAGGUGUAAUGUGAGCUUUGAAUGUGCCUGCGAUCCUGGAUGGAAAGGACUUUUCUGUUCAGAGCCAAUUUGUGAUCCUGAUUGUCACCCUAGUCAAGGAUAUUGCGAGAAGCCAGGAGAAUGUAAAUGUCGACUUGGUUGGCAAGGGCCCAAGUGUAAACAGUGUGCUGUUCUUCCAGGAUGUGAUCAUGGAACCUGUCAAGGACCUCUCGAGUGUCGUUGCGAACCUGGAUGGACAGGAUUCCUAUGUCAAACACCAAUCUGCUCACCAGGAUGUAGUAGAGAAAAUGGUGGAUGUCGCAAGCCCGGAACCUGCAGGUGUCGAGUUGGCUGGACUGGCUCGAAUUGCACUGAAUGUGUUCCUUAUCCCGGAUGCGUUCAUGGUACAUGUCGAAAGCCAUGGGAAUGUAGAUGUCAACCUGGGUGGACAGGUGAUUUGUGUGAUGAAAAGCUAACUUUCUGUGAUGAGCAUCCUGAUACAUGUAGAAACAAUGGAACGUGUGUGAGCAUGACGAAAGCUGAUGGCAAUUACAGAUGCAUUUGUCCCUUGGGCUACACUGGACGCCAAUGUCAAAUAGAAACAGUCGAACCGGCAACAGAUUUAACGCCUCCAGUGGCAGAUCAAUUUAGCUUGAUGACAAUGACACAAAAUUCAGAAGCUUUUAAACCACAAGGGGAAGUUGAUUCGAAAUUCAAUAAAACCUUUGUUAAUUCACAUCAAGGUCAUUUAGACGCUGACAAAGAGGUAAUAAAGGACGAGGGAGUUAAUGGGGUAACAAUAGAGCCCCUGGAGCCAAUAAUAAUAACCGAUCCUCCCUCCACUGUGGAUCCAGCAGCAACUGCUGGUAAGUGGCCGAUUGAAGAUUCAUCCGAAUCAUCAGUGAUCGACAGUGACAAUGAAACUUAAAAAUUUUGUCAAUUAGACAAAAGUUUCCCAAUUAUUGGUGAUAUCAUUUUUUAAUUAUUGAUUUUUAUAUUUAUAUACUUAUUUAUUUAUUUAUUUAUUCUACGAGU